AUGGGCAACUGUCUGAAGUCGCCCACGUCGGACGACAUCUCACUGCUUCACGAGACGCAGUCGGACAGGGCGAGCUUCGGAGACGGGACGGAUCCAGAUUUGGAGCCUCCUCCGCCCUACCAGGAGCAGGCACACAUGCCCUUAUACCAUCCCACACCCAGCCAGGCCCGUCUAGCCACCCAGCUGACAGAGGAGGAACAGAUCCGCAUCGCUCAGCGCAUUGGACUAAUCCAGCACCUGCCCAAGGGCGUGUAUGAUGGCGGCCAAGAUGGCUCCGAGAAGAAGAUCCGGGAGUGCGUGAUUUGCAUGCUGGACUUCAUGUACGGCGACCCGGUGCGGUUCCUACCGUGCAUGCACAUCUAUCACACAGACUGCAUUGAUGACUGGCUCAUGAGGUCCUUCACAUGCCCGUCCUGCAUGGAGCCCGUCGACGCCGCCCUGCUUUCCACCUACGAGACCAACUAA